AUGUCUUCGGGUAUGAUGUUCCAGACGUUGGAUCAGAGCGAUCCGGAGCUGUACAAGAUGAUCCUCAAGGAGAAGGAUCGCCAGACCCGUGGUUUGGAGCUGAUCGCCUCUGAGAACAUUACUAGUCUGUCGGUGCUGCAGGCGCUCAGUACCUGCCUCCACAACAAAUACGCCGAAGGAUAUCCUGGCCAGAGAUACUACGGCGGUAACGAACACAUCGACGAGAUCGAACUUCUCGCUCAGAAGCGUGCCUUGGAGGCCUUUGGCCUGAGCGCUGAGGAAUGGGGUGUCAAUGUGCAGCCCUACUCUGGCUCUCCUGCCAACUUUGCCGUGCUCACCGCUCUUGCUGCUCUUGCUGGUCCCCAUGGUCGCAUCAUGGGCCUCGAUCUGCCUGAUGGUGGCCAUCUAACCCACGGCUAUCAAACCGACAAGAAGAAGAUCUCUGCCACGUCGAUCUUCUUCGAGUCGAUGCCGUAUCGCAUCAGCCCGACGACUGGUCUGAUUGACUACGACCAGCUGCAGCUCACUGCCAAGCUCUUUCGUCCGAAGCUGAUCAUUGCCGGCAUUAGCUGCUACCCUCGCCACCUGGACUACAAGCGCUUCCGCGCCGUUGCCGACGAGAACAGCGCCAUUCUGAUGGCCGACAUGGCCCACGUCAGUGGUCUGGUAGCCGCUGGCCUGGCGCCGUCGCCCUUUGAGUACGCCGAUGUGGUCACCACGACGACGCACAAGACGCUGCGCGGCCCCCGAGCUGCCGUCAUCUUCUACCGAAAGGGCGUCAAGUCGGUGGACAAGAAUGGCGUGAAGACGCUGUACGACUACGACGAGAAGAUCAACUUUGCUGUCUUUCCCGGACUGCAGGGUGGCCCCCAUGAGAACGCCAUCGCCGGCAUUGCCACCACUAUGAAGCAGGCCGCCAGCGAGGAGUUCAAGCAGUACCAGCAACAGGUGGUGAACAACGCCAGGGUGCUGGGCGAGUCGCUGGUCUCCAGUGGCUACACCAUUGUCACCGGUGGCACGGACAAUCACCUCGUGUCGCUUGACCUGCGUCCAUUUGGCUUGAACGGCGCCCGUGCCGAGCGCAUCCUCGAGGAGGUGUCCAUUGCCUGCAAUAAGAACACCGUUCCCGGCGACAAGUCUGCCCUGAAUCCGGGCGGCGUUCGCCUGGGCACUCCGGCGCUCACCACGCGAGGCCUCAAGGAGGCGGACAUUGUCAAGGUAGUGCAGUUCAUCGAUCGCGGCCUGAAGCUGGCCAAGGAGAUCAACGCCAGUGCGCCGGGAAAGAUGCUGAACGACUUCAAGAAGACGCUGGAGACGGCAGAGUUCCAGGCCAAGGUGAAGACCAUUCGAGAUGACGUGGAAGCCUUCGCCCGACAGUUUCCCCUUCCUGGCUAUGUUGAGUACUAG